AUGGGAUGCCAAGCCAACAUUGAUCAAUGCAACCAACAAUGCGGUUAUCAUGAUGACUGUCAGGUAACAUGUGACGCUGGGGUAAGGGAAUGUAUUCAAAAUGGUAGGCUGAAAAACGGUGAAUUUUCCUGCAAUGCAUCAAAGAAGUGUGUACAGAAAUGUAGAGGGGGACCAUGCUCAUUAUCUUGCGGCAAUACUAAAGAUUGUACUCAAUCAGGUGAACGCCGCGGGCAGUUUUCACUGUCAUGCAGCGCUGGCGUGGAGAAAUGUACUCAGACAUGUGAUGAUACGUGUUCGCUAUCUUGCGAUGCAAAGAGCUGUAGUCAAACAUGCGAUGACGGUAGUUUUACUGCAACAUGUGGUGCUAAGGUUGACGUCUGCAGUCAAAGUUGUGAUUAUGGGAAAAACGGUACGUUUUCCUGCGAUGCCGCAGAGAAGUGUACACAGUCAUGUAAGGGAAAAUGCUCAUUAUCUUGCGACAAUACUAAAGAUUGCACUCAAUUUGGUCACAAAGGGAAUUUUUCAAUGACAUGCAAUGCUGACGUGGACAAAUGUACUCAAACAUGUGAUCAUCCUUGCUCGCUUUCGUGUGAUGCAAAAAACUGUACUCAAACAUGCGACGAUGGUAACUGUACUGCAACAUGUAGUGCUGGGGUUGACGUCUGCAGUCAAAGUGGUGAUGAUGGGACUGGGAGAAACGGUAAGUUUUCCUGCGAUGCCUCCCAGAAGUGUACACAGUCAUGUAGGGGAGUAUGCUCAUUAUCUUGCAACAAUACUAAAGAUUGCACUCAGUUUGGUCACAAAGGGGAUUUUUCAAUGGCAUGCAGUUCUGACGUGGACAAAUGUACUCAGACAUGUGAUGAUACGUGUUCGCUAUCUUGUGAUUCAAAGAACUGUAGUCAAACAUGCGAUGAUGGUAGCUGUACUACAACAUGUAGUGCUAGAGUGGAGAAUUGUUCUCAGACAUGUGAUGCGAAUUGCGUCCUAUCCUGCAAUGCUAAGAACUGUAAUCAGGUUUGCAAUAAAGGUGGUUGUUCCUUCGAAUGCGGUUCUGGCGUUCAGAAUUGCACUCAGACAUGCAUCAAAGGAGUAUGUUCAACCCGUAAUCCAACAAGUACUACAACACACAGACCAACACGUAAUCCAGGUUGGUGCUUAAGUAAAGGAUAUGGCAUCUUACGGAUUGCUCCUUUCUUGGCCAAUUUAUUCAACUUCCUUGAAAGACUUUGA